UUCUUUCAUUCAUGUUUCGUGCAUUCUUCAUUUCCCUGCGUGAAAUCGUUAAAUCCGAAGUGAACUGGAAAAUUUUCUAAAAUGUGGAUUAUACAAAGAAAGAGUGAUGGGAAAACAAUUUGGCUCUUGAAUAAAGAGUACACCAUAGGUAGGAAGAACUGUACCAUCGAAUUGUCUGAUGAUCUUUCUGUGAGUCGCCAACAUUUGAAGCUAUCCGUCGACUAUUCACCACUGAUUCAAAACUCGGGACCACCAAUCUUACAAAUUAUGGAUUUAGGAUCAACUUAUGGAAUAUUUGUUAACCUUUCUGCUACUAAUACUGACAAGAUUGAAUCAAAAGUAUGGGUUUCCUUGGAUAUUGAUUUUACUUUCCAGUUUGGAGUCAAGAAUGAUUGGACAGUCAAAUGGAGAAAUGUCUCUGUUGUUUGUUCAGCUCUUGGAUCUGUUGAAAGAAAACAGCUCCAUAGAGAAUUGUCCAUGUUAGGAGCCAAACUACUUUCUGAUUGGCAGGAUGACAUCACCCAUUUGGUAACAGAUAAGAUCAUGCUUACACAAAAGGUAUUGGAUAGUUUACUUGCUGUCAAACCAAUUGUGACAGUGGAAUAUUUUGAAAAAUGGGUGAAAAUCCUUGAGCAGGAUCCUUCUAGUUCUAUGCCUGAUGCCUCACAGUUCACCCCUGUAAUUGGACCAGCUCUUGAACAGUUUGACAAAAAAUGCUUUCUUCCCAAAGAGGAAAGAAAGUCACUUUUUCUCGGAAAAACCUUUAUAUUUGCCACUCCUAACGAACUGAAAUCCUCCAUGGCAAUCGCCGCUACGAAAGCUGGUGGAAUUAUUUCAAACAACACCGAGAAUUUUGAUCCUAAUUGUUCCUUGUUGGUGGAGUGUAGCAGUCCUUCUCCGGAUUACAGUCGCCUACUUACAAAAGUAUCCUCUCGUGGAGAACGCUCCAUCCCCCAGAACGAAAUUGGUCUUGCCAUUCUUUCAAGUUCUGUUGAGGUGCAUUGUAAUCCUCGUGCGCGCAAUUUGAACCAAAAUAGCCAAAGUCAUAGUAAUAAGCAUGCCCUUGCUUCUGUUGAAUGCAGUAUCCGCGAUCAAGAGACACAGAUGGGUAACGUACCACAACUUGUUGGUCGCAAGAAGGAGUGUGAAGAACCCCCGUCCAAAAGAAAUAGAAUCGAGAAACAGAUCUCGGAAAUUUCUCAAGUUCUUCAGCCACCUAGCAAAAAAAUUCACCUCGAUGAAAUGGUCGCCGUUACUUCUGAAAUACAGCAUUGUGACGACGAGGAAAAUGAAAAUGCAUUGAAGAGGAAACAAGCGAGAACUAGAACACCAGCAUUCCCGGAAUCUUUAUCCUCCGGGAGUACCAAUCUUGAUACCAGAACUCAUGGUAAUGAAAAGAUGGAUAAAUCUCGCCAAACGGUAUUCCAUUCGGAGUUUGCAGGUGCUCAUCCCUCAACUAGCAAAGUCAAUCCAAUAGAUUCAUCAAGCUACAAUAAGAAGGCUAAAACUCGUCACGUUGAAGAAUCGAAUUCUGGAUAUGCAAAUAUUCAGCACCAUCAAGCAAAAUCAGAUAGAUCCCUUCUAACUAGUUCGGAGUUCCUUAGUCAAACGACAUCUACUUGUCAACUCGUUUCUGUCGGUAUUAAAAGAGGAAAAUCUUUAAAUCGUACUGAGGGCGACCUUAACAGAAGCCAGUGGUAUGGUGGUAACAGUCCGGGAAAAUUGAACGCAUCUAAAUUGAUUGUAAAAUCAAAUUUAGUUCGUCCUGAGUUGGUCGAUAAAGGAAUGAUAUCACAAAAACUACCAAGUCAACUGAAGGAGAAUCAGGUUAUAAAAAGGAUUAAAUCUAUGAAAAUCGCUUGCCUUAAGGAAGGAAAAUGGACCACGAAAAAUUAAACGCAGCAGCAUGCAUUGAUAUUUAAUUGUUGCUUGUGAAUUUAUGCUAAAUAACUGAAAAAUUAAGUAAAAUACAAAAGUAACAUUCCCAAGUG